UGGUGUGUUGUUGGAAUGGUUCGCUUUCAAUGGAGAACUGUGGAUUGUUGUUUUUCUGUUGUUGUUUGUCUUACACAAAUUUGAUGGUGUGCGUAUGCACGUAAAUCUAUUCAUCUUGGUAUGGAAAAGCCACUCGAAAACGUCGAAAUAAUGUACAUUUCGCUUAUAGUGUAAAUACGAAUUUCUAUGCUGCACAACAUAAAAUUGUAAUUCGUAUUUCAAUAGCGAGCGAGUGAAAGAGAAACAAGUGUUUGUGUGUUCUUCGGUUUUUGUUGCAAUUUUUUUCGGACACAUUCUCGUAAUAAUAAAUGAAGCAUUGGAAUUGGUUCAAAAAUGAUAACAAAAUUUAUUUAUUUAAGUGCUGUGAUAUUUGUUAUUAGUUUAGAUAUUACUGAAGGUGCCUUGAGAAGAUGUUACCAAUGUCGUUCGCGUGGUGAGCUCGGCAGCUGUAAAGAUCCAUUCAAAUUUAAUGUCACUCAAAUUGAAAAUGAGCACGGAAUCACCGCCAUACCGUGUGCAUCUGGAUGGUGCGGCAAAGUCAUCGAAAGCCAAGGCACACUGAGAGAUGAUGAUUACGAUAUGGCAACACAACGAAUGUGUGUGCAACGAGGGCCAUCCGAUUCAGAGGAUCGAUGUGCACACACCGUGUACAAUUACAAAAAAGUCUACAUGUGUUUCUGCCAAGGCGACUUAUGCAACACAGCCGCCGAUAGUUUUGCACCGAAUUUCUUGAAAUUAUUAGUAAUUUCACUGGUAGUCAUACUUCGAAGCCGCACACAGUUUUGAUGGCAUGAAUAUUAUUUUGGAGAACAAAGUAAAGCAUUUUAUUUUUUGUUGACUCAAUCAGCAUGUAAAUAAUCCAACAAUCGGAUAGUCGUAUUUUUUUUUUACUUUUGCGAGUUUUGUUCGAAAAUGAAUGAGAGAAGCUAGUUGAAUUUUUGUGUAUGCAUUUGCUUUUUAAAUUGUCAAUGUGUGUUUUUUUGUAAAUUGUAUCGAAGUAGCUUCACAUAUUGUAAUAAAGAAUAAGAAUUCCGAAACUAAUCGAAA